CCUGCGCAUGCGUCCCGCGGGGGGCGGCGGCGCCAUGUUGUGCCCUGGGGGUCUGGGCCUCGGGCGGCGGCUCCUGACGCGGUGGGGGUCGGGGCUGUGGGGUCGCGGGGCUCCUCGGCCCCCCGCCGCCGCCGCCGGCCGCCCGCCGCCCCGGCCUCCCCCGGCCUCCUCUUCCUCCCCCUCGGCGUCGGCGUCGUCGUCGGCGGCGGCGGCCAUCGUCAGGCGGGCGCCCGGCCCGCUGCAGCCCUACCUGCGCCUCAUGCGGCUGGACAAGCCCAUCGGGACCUGGCUGUUGUACCUGCCGUGUUGCUGGAGCAUCGGGCUGGCGGCCGACCCGGGUUGUUUUCCGGACUGGUCCAUGUUGUCUCUCUUCGGGACUGGAGCGAUCUUGAUGCGAGGAGCUGGCUGUACCAUCAAUGACAUGUGGGAUCAGGAUUUUGACAGAAAGGUUACGAGAACAGCCAGCCGCCCCUUAGCCGCCGGGACCAUUUCGACUUUUCGGUCCUUCGUUUUCCUCGGGGGCCAGCUGAGCUUGGCCCUGGGCGUGCUCCUGUGUCUGAAUCGUUACAGCGUCGCCCUGGGAGCGGCGUCCCUGACCCUCGUGGCCAUUUACCCCCUGAUGAAGAGGAUCACGUACUGGCCGCAGCUAGUCUUGGGACUGGCCUUUAACUGGGGGGCCUUGCUCGGCUGGUCUGCCGUCAAGGGUUCCUGCGAUCCGUCCGUUUGCCUGCCCCUCUAUUUCUCCGGCGUUAUGUGGACGUUAAUCUACGACACCAUCUACGCCCAUCAGGAUAAAAGCGACGACGUCCGCGUCGGAGUCAAAUCGACCGCUCUUCGGUUCGACGGAGACACGAAGCGCUGGCUCGGUUGCUUUACCGUGGCGAUGCUGUGCGGGCUGAGUGCGGUGGGAGUCAACUGCGACCAGACCGUCCCCUUUUACGCCGCCGUGGCCGCCGUAGGAGCUCACCUGGCUCACCAGAUUUACACUUUGGACGUAGACAAGCCCGAAGACUGUUGGAAUAAGUUCUCUUCCAACCGCACGGUCGGACUCCUGCUCUUCGUGGGCAUCGUGCUCGGAAACCUGCGGAAGGAGAAGAAUCCGGAGGAGAAGAGGAAGACUCUGGGCAGCCCUGUGGUCAAUGAAUAAAUGAGAUUCGGUUCUACUGUCAGUAA